AUGCCCUACAUGAAAAGUGCAGCUGCGAAAGCAACAGAGCUUUCUUGGGACGCUUUCCCAGAGCCGACACCAGACUCUGACCGCUGGCAGCCUGAUCCAGACUCGAUUCCCGUGGCUGGAUAUCGUCCUGAUCCUCGCUUUAAUAAAGAUCCACUUACCGAAAAACAGAAACUGGCUCUCAUGCGCGGCAGGCGAUUUGGCGUUGCCAACAGUUGUUCUGCGACAAGCAGCGGCGUCAGUUCUCCCACCACCUCUAUCUCAACUUCAAUUGGAGUAGGAAAGUGGGUUGUACCUGCGCCACGGGCAACAGGCUUGCCUCGCGCCUGUAUUCCUACCAUCAAUGACAACUUGCACUCCUCGAUUACUACGCAGCACGAGGCACCUCACUCGGUCAAGGCAGUACAUCCAGCUCCCAAAGGCAUCACGGAAGCACCUCUAGCUCCAGCGCCGUUUCAGUGCCCUCUCGCACCUGCAAAAAGUGCUUCGUCUCAAAGAUCCCAACUUCCAACGAAGACUGCAACACCUGAAUGGGCUCGUCCGUUAGCGCAUCUCCUCAGCGAGUCACCUCCCAAGCCUGUAUCUUCAUGUCAACCUCUCCUGGUUCAAGUUCGAUCUGCUACAACGCCGUCGACUUCGACACCCCCUCACCUCCGGAAACAAGCCAAGUCUUCCUGCUGGACAGCCGCCCAGACCAGCCCCUCAAAGCACCAGCCAGGUAGCCUCAACAAGACAAAUUUAGAGUCAGCCCAUCCGGAACCCACGAAGGCCACUCCGGUCAAUAAACCUGCAAAUUCCAAAAAUUUGAAGCAGCUCGCUCAUCACUACAACCUCACACAAACGCAGCGCCCAACUAGCGCUGAUGGGGUAGCCCUCAGACUGGGAGAUGAACUCCAGGUGCAAAAGAAGCUGUUGGAGAGUUUUAUUCCCAAGAUUUCUGACUUAUCGAUCCAGCAGCAUCGUCGCUACCUCAACAGAAAGCUCAUCAGCUUGAUGGAAGAUGAGAUGGACAUGCGAAGACGUACAACAAGGAAGGAGCUCCAAAACAUGAGCGAGAAGGAACUCGAAAGUCACCUUGCUAGAACAACCUCCAUGCACAGACUUGCGUGCGAUGAUGAGCAGAAGAACAAUAGGACCUGCGAGGCGGACACGAAAACUGUCCCAGUAGACCUCCAGCAGCACGAUCAAUACCAAUUCAAUUAA